CGACCAACGAAGCCCACGGCGAUACGCCGUGCGCGUCCACGUCCACGCACCGUGCGCGUCACCCUUCCUGCGGAAUUCACUACAGUCGCCCUACGAGACUCCCAUUAGGAACAUAAUGAACAACAAAUUUGAUGCUUUGAAAGAUGAUGACAGCGGUGACCACGAACAGGACCAAGGCUCACCGAAAGACGGUGAGAAGGAAAGAAUUGAAGACGAUAACAAGGACCAGAACGUUAUAAGGAAGAAGACGGUGAUUCCAGGGGCGGGUGAGCACCCUCUUCAGUAUAAUUACACAUUUUGGUACUCCAGAAGGAACCCGGGGAGACCGGCUAGCACUCAGAGCUACGAGCAGAACAUUAGACAGAUUGGUAGCUUUGCCUCGGUGGAGCAGUUCUGGCGUUUUUACAGUCACAUGAUUCGACCAGGAGACCUAACGGGCCACAGUGACUUCCAUCUCUUCAAAGAAGGCAUCAAACCCAUGUGGGAGGAUGAUGCCAACAAGAUGGGCGGCAAGUGGAUCAUCCGUUUGCGGAAAGGCCUGGCGUCCCGCUGCUGGGAAAACCUGAUCCUGGCUAUUCUGGGUGAGCAGUUCAUGGUUGGCGAGGAAAUCUGCGGCGCCGUCGUGUCGGUCCGCUUUCAGGAGGACAUCAUCUCCAUCUGGAACAAAACAGCUAGCGACCGAUCCACCACGUCCCGCAUCAGAGAUACGCUCCGACGGGUCCUCAACUUGCCCCCCAACACCAUCAUGGACUACAAGACACACACGGACAGCAUUAAGUAUAGCAUGGGAAGACUUCCAUGGUCUGGUGAAUGCUAGCGGCGGACGUUAGCCCUCCUGCCACCUCACACCUCUACAAGGUGUGUUUUUAUAUCACGUCGCUGUGGUGGAUGGAGAGGGCGGAUCAUGUGUCCGGGUGGGGAGGAGGAAACCCGCUGCGUGGAUUGACCGAGCGAAGGCCGGCAACAAAUGACGGGAAAGAGCACUCCUUCUUUGGCUCCGCUUGGGUGCGACCAGAAAGCCCUUUGAACAGAAGAGAGAAACAACGGAUGUCUCAGACUGGUUUUUUUUUUUUCAAAUCUUUUUUUCUAGCAAGUUGAAGUUUAGCGGACUGUUGUUCGGCUAUUUGCUCAAAAGCUGUUGACAAAAAGUGUUCUUGGCUGAAUUCAUCAACCCUUUUCUAAUUGUUCACGUCACAUGACUUCCUCGACCGCUCUCGGGACUCAAACAGGGUUUGUGGUCGAAGUUCUUGUAAUACUGUGCUGUGUUUUAACUGCAAUUCUUCUGUCCAACUUGACUUUCUACUGUUAUCAUUUAUCUGUAAAGACAGAUUGCUGAAGAUUGAAUCAGCCAGGAUUCUCCUUCUCUGACCUGGAAGUAGAAUUCCAAAAAGAGAGGAAAAGGCACACUUACACAUACUCGGAAUCUUACGAAUGGACUGCUACGCUGUUCUCAACUAGUCCAAGGAAAUGGGCUGUGCUUUAAUGCCGUCAAGCAUUUACAAUACGGACAUUUUCUGCUUUUAUCAUUUUAUAUCCAUGAGUGUGAUGAAUCCACUGAAGUUUUCUUUUUUCCAAUUUUUCUAUUGGGAAAACUGUAACGCCACCUUUGUUUGGUGGUGACGAUUGGGGAAGAUGCAAGUUGGAUGUACGUUAAAUGGAUGAAAAGCAAUAAAUAUGCAGCUGCUGCUAAUAAAGCGU